UUUGCAGAGAAUAAUUCCAGUCGCGCGCUAUUGGUUCCCCGUCCUCAUCUGUCAAUGUGCGUAGGCGGGACUCUGCUUGCUCGCGCUCCCAGGAGAGCAUAGAUGCGCGAGCUGCACUUUUCUACUGUGUUGGAGCGCUUCACACUCCUCAAGCUCAGUCCGAGCGUCAAGUGAACGCCGUGCGAAAAACGCAGUGGGACUUGAACCGAGGACAAGUUAUCAAAGGAGCCUGUAGUAUUGAUUGCAGCAGCCUGCACCUGGAUAAGCCCCAUCAUCAGCAGCACGCGGAGAAGCGCACGAGAGAAGAAAGUGUGUUGACUGAAAGCACGCUGCUGUUCUUGAAGGAAGGCAAUAUGAUGGUUAAGCAGCAUAUGCUGUUUACCCUGUACAGCAUCUGCGGGAUCAUCCUUAAAGAUAUUCUCGCCGUUUCAGUGGCGGCCACGAAAAACAAAGUGAGAGGAGCUCAAGGUCAGUUCCCCAUCGUCCAGAACAUGACCGUGACAGAAGGAGAUAUAGCCAACUUGACCUGUCGUGUGGAACACAAUGACAACACUUCCCUCCAGUGGUCAAACCCGGCACAGCAGACACUCUUCUUUGGGGACAAGAAAGCACUGAGAGAUAACCGGAUUGAGCUGGUCCGCGCCACAUCUCAGGAGUUGACGAUCAGCAUCAGUGAGGUCACGCUGGCAGACGAGGGCCUGUACACCUGCUCCCUCUUCACCAUGCCUGUCAAAACAGCCAAGGCCUUCCUCACCGUCCUCGGUGUGCCUAAGAAACCACAGAUUAAGGGACUCACCAAGCCUGCAAUGGAGGGUGAUCACAUCAAUCUGACCUGUAUGACCUCUGGCAGCAAACCUGCGGCUGAUGUCCGAUGGUUCAGGAAUGAGAAAGAGAUCAAAGGUGCCAAAGAGGUGAAUGUCAGUGGCAAGACGUUCACUGUGAAGAGUUCCCUGAGGCUCCAGGUGGAUCGGAAUGAUGACGGUGUGGCCUACACUUGUCGAGUGGACCAUGUGGCACUGAUUGCCACCCCACAGCAGACCACUGAGGUGUUGGAGGUCCAUUAUGCUCCCCGUGUUGAGAUCAAACACUCGUUACCCAUCCCACAGGAGGGGCAGUACCUUAAACUGGAAUGUGUAUCUAAAGGAAACCCCUCUCCAGACCCAGUGCUUUGGACCAAAGAUGGCAGAGAACUACCAGACCUGGACCGCAUGAUUGUUGAAGGAAGAGAGCUCACCUUCAUGUCACUGAACAAAACAGACAACGGCACCUACCGCUGCGAAGCCACCAAUCACCUGGGCACCAAUCACGCUGAAUAUGUGCUGUUUGUUUAUGAUGCCCCCACCACACCGUCACCAUCCACAACUCCCCCUGCACCCACCCUCCCAGACACUACAGGUCCCUUAGACUCCAAGAUCCUCAUUCCUGCUGUCACCGGUAAGAGAGAUCCUAAUGCCCUGGAGCAACGUGGGCCAGAUCACGCUCUCAUUGGCGGAGUAGUUGCUGUUGUCGUUUUUGUUACAUUGUGCUUAAUUAUUGUAUUGGGACGCUAUCUGGCACGGCAUAAAGGCACGUAUUUGACAAACGAGGCUAAAGGAGCAGACGACGCCCCGGACGCAGACACAGCCAUAAUCAAUGCCGACGGCAACCAUGCACAUGCAGAAGAGAAGAAAGAGUAUUUCAUUUAGACUGCAAGUGGCACUCUGCUCCCCUCUUGUUCUUCUCUCAUUCCUCCCCUCCUUCCUCUAUGUGGGAAGUCCUUCAGAGAGCAAAGGAAGCUUCUUUUCACACUUUAAGUUUCCUUUUGUUGUGUUUUUUUUUUUUUUGGUUUGGUUUGGUUUUUCUAUAACAGCUCUCCAAUCUCACCUGCUACUUUUUACGAGCGACUUAUUUGCUGAAGAUGUCACCUUUUAUAAUCAUUACAUAGCUGUAGGACACCCCCAAAAUAGUGUGAAAUGUCCAUUUGUGAAACAUCCAAAAAGAAAAGAAAAAUAAUCUGCAGCCAUCUUUCAGUAAGGACUCAUUCUCGCAUUCCCUCACAGUGCCUAAAUAAAAUAUACAGAUGACCAUUGAAUUUCAGUCAAUGCCUUCAUGUUUUUCAGUAAACCUCUGAUUGGUUGCUUGCUUUUUAUCUUCAGCGUUAUGAUUUUACAAAUGUUCUGUACUCUUUUUUUUUAUUGUUUUGUAUUUUUACUUUAAU